CUCUCUGUCUAUCUCCUCUUUCCUGAAGUAGCCUACUGCAGAGAGAGAACUGCAUCGAAAAAACACACCCGCAGACAGUAACUACCUCAGUUCUACAGUGGGAUACCAGUAAAUUCAGAUUCACAAGACACAAGCAACUCGCCUGGUGCAAUGGCUAACAACCAGUGCCAUCCACUUUUCCUCUCUCAAACAACGCUUGACCAAUGAACACCACAGCCAGUGAGUGUAUCUUCCUGUGGUGACAGCAGACUACAGGGAUUUCCCCUGUUGCAUCUCCAGAUCCACCACUCUGCUUCACUCUGCUCUGCUCCCAAACCCCUCCGCCAACUUACAUCCAUCCCCCUCCACCCCCUUCCUACCCUCCUGUACUUCCACCCCUGAACCUCCUUCUGAGUUAAAAUGGACGACAGCAAUGAUACCAGGACUUCCUUAGUGAAGGGGGCCAAGGACAUUGCCAAGGAGGCCAAGCGGCACGCCGUGAAAAUGGUCAACAAGGUCGUGGACAGCGCCACAGACGAGUACUCCCAGCGCAAAUACAGCCGUUUCGAGGACGAGGUAGACGAGGGGGACGACUUUUACCAUAAUCCCCCGAGGCAGGACGGAGGCUACAAUGACCACGACCAGGCCAGUGACGCCAGCGACGCCACAGAGGGCCAUGAUGAUGAAGAUGAGAUCUACGAGGGGGAGUACCAGGGGAUCCCAGCGGCUGGAGACAGGCGCGCCAUGGAGGGGCAGGUGGCUCUGGGGCAGCCCGUCACAGACAGCCUGAGAGAACGUAAGGAGCUGGAGAAGGAGAGGCAGGCGGACGAGGAAGAACUGGCCCAACAGUAUGAACUGAUCAUCCAGGAGUGUGGCCACGGCAGGUUCCAGUGGCAGCUGUUCCUGGUGCUGGGCCUGGCCCUCAUGUCGGACGGGGUGGAGGUGUUCGUGGUGGGGUUCGUUCUGCCCAGCGCCGAGACGGACAUGUGUGCUAUGGGUGGCUCCAACUCCAGAUCUGGAUGGCUAGGCAGUAUUGUGUACCUGGGGAUGAUGGUGGGGGCGUUUUUCUGGGGGGGCAUGUCAGACAAGGUGGGCCGCAGACAGUGUCUGCUCAUCUGCAUGUGUGUGAACGGCUUCUUCGCCUUCCUGUCCUCCUUCGUUCAGGGGUACGGCAUGUUCCUGCUCUGCCGCGUGAUCGCAGGCUUCGGAACAGGGGGGGUUGUGCCUAUAGUCUUCUCCUUCUUUGCGGAGGUGCUGUCCAGAGAGAAGAGAGGGGAGCACCUGAGCUGGCUGUGCAUGUUCUGGAUGAUUGGAGAGAUCUAUGCUUCAGCCAUGGCCUGGGCCAUUAUACCACACUAUGGCUGGAGUUUCAGUAUGGGUUCGGCCUACCAGUUCCACAGUUGGAGGGUGUUUGUGGUGGUCUGCGCCCUGCCCUGCGUCUGUGCUGUGGUGGCUCUCACCUUCAUGCCCGAGAGCCCCAGAUUUUUCCUGGAGGUCGGGAAGCACGAUGAGGCUUGGAUGAUCCUCAAACAGAUCCAUGACACCAACAUGCGAGCGCGUGGGCAGCCGGAAAAAGUAUUCACAGUGAACAGAAUCAAGAUCCCCAAGCAUCUGGAUGAGCUGGUGGAGAUGAAGUCAGAGUCAGGGAACCCAGUCUCCAAGGCCCUCUUCAGGUCCAAGACAGAGCUACGUGGGAUCUUGGUUAACUUCAUGAAGUGUUUUGACUACCCUCUAAAAGAAAACACGAUCAGGCUGGCUAUUGUGUGGUUUACGCUUUCAUUUGGGUACUACGGCCUGUCUGUGUGGUUCCCUGACGUCAUCAAGCACCUUCAGGCAGAUGACUAUGCCUCCAAGGUGAAGACCCACAGCAACGAACGCAUCGAGGACUUCACCUUCAACUUCACCCUGGAGAACCAGAUCCACACCAACGGGGUCUUCAUCAGCGACAGAUUUGUUAAUAUGAAGUUGAAGUCCGUCACCUUCAUUGACUCCACCUUCCUUAACUGCUACUUUGAUGACGUGACGUCGGUGGGAUCCUACUUCCGGAACUGUACCUUCAUCGAGGCAUUCUUCUACAACACUGACAUCGAUGACUCCAAACUGAUAGACGGCACAGAGGUGAUCAACAGCUCGUUCCACCACAACAAGACGGGCUGUCAGAUGACGUUUGACGACGACUACAGCGCCUACUGGGUCUACUUUAUCAACUUCCUGGGAACUCUGGCUGUUCUGCCCGGAAACAUUGUUUCUGCACUGCUCAUGGAUAAGAUUGGACGCCUUUCGAUGUUAGGUGGCUCCAUGGUUCUGUCAGGGAUCAGUUGUUUCUUCCUGUGGUUCGGCACCAGUGAGUCGAUGAUGAUCUUCAUGCUGUGCCUUUACAACGGCCUGAGCAUAUCAGCCUGGAACUCACUGGACGUGGUCACCACAGAGUCCUUCCCUACAGACAGGAGAGGGACAGGUUUUGGGUUCUGUAAUGCUCUGUGUAAGUUAGCUGCCGUGUUGGGGAAUGUGAUCUUUGGUUCUCUGGUUGGCAUCACCAAGACCAUCCCCAUCCUCCUGGCCUCAUCUGUGCUGGUGUGUGGAGGCCUGGUGGGGCUCCGGCUGCCUGAUACUAGGGCCAAUGUCCUCAUGUAGCCCCAGGAAGGACCACCUCACCUGGGGAAGACCUGGGCCGAACCUGGGGACGGCCUGGGAAACAUGGAGCAGAAUGGUGCAAAGAGUUUAAUUCAAACGUUUCCAAUGGAUUUUGAUAUUUGAUUUCUUUAUUGCCCCUUCUGGUCUCAUAGGGAGUUCAAUUGCAUAACCCCUCCACCCCAAAUCUCUAUGAAACAGUAUGCAGUAUGCUUUCACUUUAUCAAUGAAUUUAUGUACAGGACAGGACCCAAGCACCAGACCCUCUGGAUACAUCCCUGGGGUUCGAGAGAACGCCUAUUUCUCAGUGAAUGUAUUGUUUGGGAAUGUCACAACACCCCUCUAAGGAUGAAAUCAAUAUUUUAAUGUCAUUUCAUCAUGAUAUAAUAAUAACAGUUAGUGGAUAUUUUAGUUAAGCUUGUGGCUCAUUGGCUAUCUAUAUGACUUAUAGAUGGCCGGGCCAUUGCGUGUGGAUUAUGUCCACCCAUACAAUCAUAGUAUUGGCUGUGAAGGGAACUCUGUGGGUCCUGUAGUCUGUUCUAUAGUUGGUUGAUGUGAAGUCUAGAUCAGUGGUGUAUGUGUGAGGAAAUAUCAGUGUCAAUGGCUGUCAGCUAUGAGUUUGCUGGUGGAAUCAGUACUGGGUUAGUGCUAUGUGAGUUGUGUAGAUGUCAGUAGUGCCUGUUUUAUUAGGCCAGGACAGAUGGAGGAGAGAGGGAAAAACACGCUGUAAUGAGCACAGCCAGCCUGCUGUGGGAGAGUCGGGGGAAUAGAUGAUCAGAAAACUGGAGAGAUCACACAGCUGCAACACAGGUGGCCUGGACAGAGAGACAGACAGACUGGCAGGGAGGCAGAACCAGAGAGAGAACAAGGGUAUUUCUGGGCCACCGUGAAGAGCAUAGAUGGAUCUUUGUCAGGCUUGACAUGUUCUCCUGUCUUUUCACAUUAUGUUUCUAUGUACCCUGCACUUGUAAUGUCUGCUGGAUAUGCGCACACACCUUGAACUGUCAACCAUGAAGAGUCAUGGUGAUGGACAGGAUUUAGCCCGCAGGAGCUGGUUUGAAGCCAAGCUUCUCCCAGAUAACAUCAGAAACUAUAAUAACAUGUUUGUUGUCAGUUGUGGCUAUUAGUUUACACUGACAGAUGCAUAAAGAGGUUUUUAUCAGUGUUCUGCCCCACACUACCACAUUCAUAUAUAGACACUCAGAUCUCCAAGCCCUUUGCACCAGCUCUCUACCCAAGAAUAAAAAGGCCAUAUUUAAUAACUUUAAUCGUUGUUAUUUUAAGUGUACAUACUAAAUCUAUCAAUAUGUCUUAAGAUAUUUACAUCAUUUGCAGGUAUGUAUCUGCAGCUGUUCUAACCUUUGUGUUGGGAAAAUGUAAGAAUCCCAUUUUUUAAAUCUAUCAAAUCUUGUUCUCUCCUCCUAUGUGUUGUAUUGUAAAGUAUUGUAUGCAGGCUCGCAGAAAGGGCUUUGUUUAUGUUCAGCCUUUUGAUUUGGCGUUUCUGUUUAGCGUUGCUUGUGGCACUGAACUUUAUAUUGACAUGUCAUGCUGCUUCCUAUUCAAAAUACUGAAGGGACUUUUUUUUAAAUGUGCCUCUCCUUCACUGGAGCGUUCUCCGCAUAGACAACAGAACAGGAGGCUGAAGGGUACAGAAGGUAAACAGGAAGUAAACUGUGUGUGUGGUGUGUGAUGUCCCUUCUCAUUGCAGUCAGCAUUUUCAAGUACAUCAUUACAUUGCUGUGACCGUGACAUAUGUGUGAAGGUACAAACAUCCAUCGAGAUGAAGUUGGAAGAUUAUCCCAUUUAAACUGAAUUGGGGAGAUCAGCUACCAUUUUAGAGAAACUGAGAGCAAUAAGCUAUUUAAUAACUGCUUGCAUAAGAGUGAGUGUAACUGCUUGCAUAUUUUAAGCAAUUUUGUAAAAGUUUUACAACUUUUUGAGUAAACAAUUUCAGUGCUUGUUAUAAAAAAAAAUAUUAAACACCAUACUGACAAUUUGGAUGACAUUUUAGAAUCAGUAACAAAGUCUUACAUUUUGAAGGCUUUUAGCCAUAUAUACCCAAACUGUGUGUACACAAUGCACAUAAUUCAAUACAAUGUUAAGUUACAAAUCUUACACUUCAUAAUGGCAUUUCAUUAGUGCUAUAUAAUGUUCCCCUCUCUAAAAUGUCACCCAAAUUUGGCAAAUGCAUCUGAUGUUUACAAGCAAUCCUGCAGAUAUCUGUUGUUGUUACUGUAAACAGUAUGAUCUCCAGGUCUACAAGGCUCUAUAGUGUUUUCACAAGUCUACAUCUUUACAAGGCUCUAUAGUGUUUUCAUAUCCCAUUCACAAGUCUACAUCUUUACAAGGCUCUAUAGUGUUUUCAUAUCCCAUUCACAAGUCUACAUCUUUACAAGGCUCUAUAGUGUUUUCAUAUCCCAUUCACAAGUCUACAUCUUUACAAGGCUCUAUAGUGUUUUCUGUGGCUCGCUGCCGGUGUUGCUCUCCUGUUUCUGUGUGUGUCGUUUCUGAGUAUAUCGUAGUGUUAGUAGUCCACUGUAUCAAAACUGCUGUCUGCUUGCCCCCUCAUAUCUAAAGAAAAGGGCAGGCUUCCAAUAAUGAGUACAUGUAGGUGUGUGCUCUUGUGUUAGCUUUACAUCAUCUUGGAUACAGUAAAGUCUGUUGUCUGAUUGUUUGUGUCUUGGUAUGCACUACAAAUUAGCAACAGCUGACUUUUUGAUUUCAUGAUUUUUAAGUGAUGACAUAAAUCAACAAAACUUGAGUAUUUAUAGUAGUAGCAGUGACAUGGCAAAGCCAUUCUGAUUGGGCUGAUGUCAAACCAAAGCUACUGACUACUGUUACCACCUCAGCAGUGCUAUGCAUUCAAUAAGGUACCAAUUGUUUAUGAACAAGGAUUGCAGCUAUAUGAUGGUACUGGAUGUGUUUAAACCUUGUCUUAACCUAAUUGUGACAGCAUUGACUAUGGUAAAGAUAAAUAAGUAUCUUUCGGGGGAG